AUCUAUGUCGUUAAAUGAUGAAUUUUAAAAAUGGCUGUGGUGACUAGUUUAAUGGUUAGGUAAUAUAAUUUCUUAUAAAUGCAUUAGUAAUUUGUGAAUGGAGUUGGAAUUUAGAUGGUAUAGCUCCUGUACUGCAGCUGCAUACUCCAGCAUCGACUUCACCAACUUAGCAUUUGACAUGGACAAUACAAUUCAUAUUCAUUCUACUGUAACUAAGGAUCUCUUAUCGCAUUCAGAAGAAAAGGAAAAUAACAUUGUUUCGGAAGCAAAUUCCAGUAAACCGGAUAACAGUUUCAGUAAUAAAAAUAUAGUGGGUUCUAAUGUUCUGAGUAGUGAUGUUUUGAACAAAUACGAACGUGUGCAUGAUAGUUAUAGUGGAGACGUACUCAAUGUGAAACUUGAAGAAGACUGUCAAAACUUAGACACAAUGGCCAGUAAUAAUAUGAAUAGUGCAGGUGAAGACAAUUUGCAGGACACAAGAGAAAAUCUAGGAAAGGAAAUCAACGAAGAUUCAGGUAUUCCUGAUGAAACAUCUUCCGAAGCACCAACAGAAUUUUCUUCGGAAAGCAAAAGUAACGAAAAUGUCAGCACCGGUGAAAAUGUCACCUCUGGUGAAAAUGUCACCUCUGAAAAAGAAGAAGAAGAAGAAUGGAUGGAUAUCCUUGGAAGCGGGCAGCUUAAGAAAAAAGUGCUGAGGCCCGGCAUGUCUUCCUUCCGUCCGUCCCGGUCUUGGCUGUGCCAGGUGACCUAUGAAGCCCGCCUGCCGGACGGAAAUGUCGCUGAGAAGUGUGAGGAUUUAAACCUUCAGAUAGGUGAUGGAGAGGUAAUUGAAGGUUUGGAUCUGGUGCUACCAUUGAUGGACGUGGGGGAAUUGGCACUAGUGGAAGUAGCCCCACGGUUCGCUUACAAUUCCCAGGGGCUGGAACCGAACAUUCCACCCAACACCACGCUCAUGUAUACUGUUGAACUGCUGUCGGCACAGCCGGAGCCUGAACUUGAAACCAUACCUGCAGCCAAGCGAAGGAAAAUUGGAAAUUCAAAACGCAACCAUGGAAACAAGUGGUAUGAAAGACAGAAAUAUACCAUGGCUAUUCAGUGCUAUCGAAGAGCACUAGAAUACUUAGAUGAAAUAGUAGAUGAAAAUGGAAUAGCUCAGACACAGGAAAAAGAUGAGGAAGUCCAUAGUCUGUUAGAGGAUAGACUGAAAGUGUACAAUAAUAUGGCAGCAGCUCAAAUGAAAAUCGAAGCAUAUGAUGCUGCUCUCACGUCUGUGGGCCAUGUACUUCUCUGCCAACCUGACAAUGUGAAAGCACUCUACAGGAAAGGAAAGAUAUUGAGAGGCAUGGGGAACAAUUCGGAGGCUCGUGCAGUUUUGGCAAAGGCCAACUUAUUGGACCCAAACUCCAAAAUAAUUCAUAAGGAAUUCCAAGUGGUCUCUCAGAUCUGCAAGGAGGAAGCACGCAAGGAGAAAGAUCUCUACAAGAAAAUGUUUACAAAAGAAACUUCAGCUGAGGAGCCUAAAAAUAACAAGAGCCAGGUUCCUUGGGGUGCAAUAAUCGGCUCUGUCUCAGCUGCAGCAGUUGCAAUUAUUGCAACUCUAACUGCAUAUAAAUACAAAUUCAUAUAAAUUAUACUACUACCAUUCCAUUUGCAUAACCAAAGGAUGAGUAAUAUUUAGGUACAGCAGUUUUUUUUUUAAUUUUGUUUUAUAUAUUCUUUUGGGUUUGUUUAAUAUGAAUAAAGGGUUGAAAUAAACAAUAUAGUUGUAUUGACCAAUGCUGUAUUCAUCUUAUAUUUUAACUGAGAAGUGUAAUUUUUUCUUUUUAUUUUUGGAUAGAAAGCAUUAAUAAAUAUUUUGUAACUGUUUUUUCAUUUA